GAUAAAAUUUCUUUUUAUUUUAUAAACGACAAGUGGACAAAAGCAACAGCUUAACCAUGUCUGGAGAAGAAACGUCAGCUGAUCGUAAUGUCGAAAUUUGGAAAAUCAAGAAGCUCAUCAAGAGUCUGGAGAUCGCACGCGGCAAUGGCACCUCUAUGAUUUCAUUAAUCAUUCCACCCAAGGAUCAAAUAUCUCGUGUAAGCAAAAUGUUGGCCGAUGAAUUUGGCACAGCCUCAAACAUCAAGUCGCGUGUCAAUCGACUGUCAGUUUUGGGUGCGAUCACCUCGGUACAGCAGCGUCUGAAAUUGUACACUAAAGUGCCACCAAAUGGUCUGGUCAUCUAUUGCGGUACGAUUGUCACCGAGGAGGGUAAGGAAAAGAAAGUUAAUAUCGAUUUCGAGCCGUUCAAACCGAUCAAUACGUCAUUGUAUUUGUGCGACAAUAAGUUCCACACCGAAGCACUUACGGCACUUUUAGCUGACGACAAUCGUUUUGGCUUCAUUGUGAUGGACGGUAAUGGUGCUUUGUUUGGUACCCUACAGGGCAACACACGCGAAGUGUUGCACAAAUUUACCGUCGAUCUGCCGAAAAAGCAUGGUCGUGGUGGUCAGUCCGCUUUGCGUUUCGCACGUUUGCGUAUGGAAAAACGUCACAAUUACGUGCGUAAAGUAGCCGAAGUGGCAACGCAAUUGUUCAUAACAAACGACAAACCCAAUGUUGCUGGUCUCAUUUUGGCCGGUAGUGCCGAUUUCAAAACUGAACUGAGCCAGUCCGACAUGUUUGAUCCUCGCUUGCAAUCGAAGAUUAUUAAACUCAUUGAUGUGUCGUAUGGCGGUGAAAACGGUUUCAACCAGGCCAUCGAAUUAUCGGCGGAAUCUUUGCAGAAUGUUAAGUUUAUACAGGAAAAGAAAUUGAUUGGACGCUAUUUCGAUGAGAUUUCCCAAGAUACCGGCAAAUAUUGUUUUGGUGUUGAUGAUACAUUGCGCGCCUUGGAAUUGGGUUCGGUGGAUAUUCUCAUCUGUUGGGAAAAUUUGGAUAUACAACGUUAUGUAUUGAAGAAUCAUGCCAAUGCCGCGACGCCUACUAUUUUGCAUUUAACGCCCGAACAGGAAAAAGACAAAUCACACUUCACCGACAAGGAGACGGGCGUUGAAAUGGAAUUGAUUGAAUCGCAGCCCUUGCUCGAAUGGUUGGCCAAUAACUAUAAAAUGUUUGGCGCUACUCUAGAAAUCAUUACCGACAAGUCCCAAGAGGGCAGUCAAUUUGUGCGCGGUUUCGGUGGUAUUGGUGGCAUCUUGCGUUACAAGGUCGACUUCCAAAGUAUGCAGCUCGAUGAAUUGGAUAAUGAAGAAUUUGAUUUAGAUGAUUAUUAGACAAUUUUUUUACACAUAUAAACUAAUACAACAACUAUACAUACAAGAAAAACGUAAAGGUGAUAAAUUUUGGAUUAAAAAAAAAAAAAACAAGAAAAAGGAUUAAGAGAUUAAGGGACAAAUUCCAAAAUUGUCUAUAUUAUGACUUUAAAACAAUUCCAGGGUUUUGGGGCCAGUGGUUCAAGGUAAAUAGAGAUUUUUUUGUUUAUGUACAAAGCAAAUUUACAAUUUAAAAUGUUGGAAAUUGGGUUUUUUAAAACAAAAUUUGUGUGAUUUUGUAAAAUUAAAUUGUAAAAAUCUUUAAAUGGACCAAGUUUAAAAAAAUUACACAAAUUUAAAAAAAAAUUUACUGUCGUUAGUUGUAAAAACAUUAAAAUUUUAUAUAAAAAGUGUUUUGUAUUUGUUAAUUCUAAUUGUUACAAAUAUUUGGAAUCUUAGCUUAAAACUAUUACAAGUACAAAAUCUAGAUAAUUAUCUCUUUAUAAAACCCUAAAACUUAAAAUUCUCCUGAUUACAUUUUAAAAUAAAAUUCAAACAAAAAAUCCGCUAAACUUUUAACAUGCCCCACUUCUUGGCCCUGGAAUCUUUUAAGGUUAUUAGCUUAUAAAGAUGACUAGAGGUUUCAGAGGGACUAAAUUUGAAUACCCGUCUGGUUAUCACUAUAAAUCCUUUUUAACAAUUUAUCAUCUUUACAACGGAUUCUUCCAUAUUUCCAAAAUAAUGAAAAAAUCAUCCACCAGUCACUUAUUAUACAGCAAACAUUUUUAAAUAUUGUUAAUACAAAAAAACCAACAAACAAGAAAAGAAAAACGAAAACAUCAUCUUAAUUGAUCAUUUUGAAAAUUUGUCUAAUUUUUUUUUUUUAAUUUAAGUGGCCUUUUAUACCCUUAAAACUUGUUGAUAAAAAGAAAAGAAAACAAAAUUUAGUCAAACUUUACUUGUUAUGG